AUGCGUGGGGCACAAAAGUCACCAUUCAAAGAAUCCAUUAAAAGAAGACAACACGAGAAUGGUGAUAAUGGUGGGCGGGGGGUGGAGGUGGGGUCACUCAAAUUAGUGAAAUGGGUCGGCAAAGUUAUGUUUAAUUAUUCUUCACCACCAUAUAAAUACCCCUUCACUUCCAGCAGCUCUCAUCAUCAGCAGAAAACGCACUUCUGUUUGUACAUUCAAGAACUCUCAAAACUUUUUCUCUUUGAUUCAGUGCAAAUGGGUAAGGACAUUGAGGUCGGCGCCGAAUACACCACCAAGGACUACCAAGAUCCGCCACCGGCUCUGCUGAUUGACCCGGAGGAGCUAACCAAGUGGUCAUUCUACAGGGCCAUUAUAGCUGAAUUCGUAGCAACGCUCUUGUUUCUGUACAUUACUGUUUUGACUGUGAUUGGGUACAAGAGCCAGAGCGCUGCCGAUGAAUGCGGUGGCGUCGGGAUUCUUGGCAUAGCUUGGGCUUUUGGUGGCAUGAUUUUUGUCCUCGUUUACUGCACUGCUGGCAUUUCCGGAGGGCACAUCAACCCGGCAGUGACAUUAGGCCUAUUCUUGGCCCGUAAGGCAUUCCAGAAGUCUUACUAUGUAAAAUUUGGCGGCGGUGCCAAUGGACUGGCGGAAGGGUACAGCAACGGCACCGGAUUGGCGGCAGAGAUCAUCGGCACAUUUGUCCUUGUUUACACUGUAUUCUCUGCCACUGACCCCAAGAGAAAUGCUAGAGACUCCCACGUCCCUGUUUUGGCACCUCUUCCAAUUGGAUUUGCUGUGUUCAUGGUUCAUUUAGCCACAAUCCCAAUUACCGGCACGGGUAUCAACCCGGCCCGAAGCCUUGGAGCUGCUGUUAUCUAUGGCAAAGACGAGGCCUGGGAUGAUCAGUGGAUUUUCUGGGUGGGACCAUUCAUUGGGGCAGCCAUUGCUGCAUUUUACCACCAGUAUAUUCUGAGGGCAGGAGCUGUAAAAGCUCUGGGAUCAUUCAGGAGCACUCCUUAUUGA